CCACCCUUUCCGUUCCUUUCCAUCCGCGUGCCCGUAGGUUAGCCUGUGUCCACGUCGAGGGUUUCCAUCAGGGAAGAGAAAUGCCAUCAAAAAUCAAGUUUGAAAGUUUGGAAGAAGCAACAGAGAAAGCAAUGGACACUGUCGAGGAGGUUGAAACCUUCAAGGUGGAAAAUAAGACCAAGGAAGGUAAGAAACUGAAGAAGCAGAAGCAGCAGCAGUCAGAGGAACAGGAGGAGGAUCCAGACUGUGAUCCUCCUGCACCAAAGAAGAAGAAGAAGAAAAAGGAAAAGCUGGCAGCGGACCAAGUUAACGGCCACAUCGAUGAGGCUGCUGAUGUAAACGGAAACAGUAAUGACGUUGAGUCACCAAAACAGAAAACCAAAAAGAAAAAGGAAUCAUCAGAGAAAAACAAGAAGCAAAAGAAAGCAAUCACUGAGGCAGCAACCAAUGGACAUUCCACACCAAGCACACCAGCCCAGACCCCUACACAGACCCCAUCUCAGUCAAGUGAUGACUCAGCCAGUGACAGCGAAAAUGAGCUGACACCAGAGCAGAGAGAAGGAGCUUUCUCUAAUUUCAGAAUAUCUCAAGCCACCAUAGAUAAACUGAAAGCUCGGGGAGUCUCCUACUUGUUUGAUAUCCAGGUAAAGUCAUUUAAUCCUGUGUAUGAUGGAGAGGAUGUUAUUGCCCAAGCCCGGACAGGAACAGGAAAAACGUUCUCCUUUGCCAUACCGCUGAUAGAAAAGCUCCAGAAUGGUGUACCAGAAAAUACCAGAGGUCGCCCUCCUAAGGUUUUAGUCUUGACUCCUACCAGAGAGUUGGCCAUCCAAGUCACCAGAGACUUCAAAGACAUUUCCAAGAGACUGUCUAUUACAUGUUUCUAUGGAGGAAGCCCAUACAAUCCACAGAUUGAUGCCAUUCGUAAUGGAAUUGAUAUUUUGGUGGGAACGCCUGGUCGCAUCAAAGAUCACCUUCAGAACAACAAACUCAACCUCUCCAAACUGAAACAUGUUGUUCUGGAUGAAGUGGACCAAAUGUUGGACAUGGGGUUUGCAGAACAAGUUGAAGAGAUAUUGAGUUCAUCGUAUAAGAAAGACAGUGACACCAACCCACAGACCCUUCUGUUCUCUGCUACUUGCCCUCCAUGGGUGUAUGAUGUGGCCAAGAAAUACAUGAGGCCAGGCUGCAAGCACAUUGACUUGAUUGGCAAGAAAACACAAAAGGCUGCAACAACUGUUGAGCAUUUGGCCAUAGCGUGUCACUGGAGUCAACGUGCUGCAGUGAUUGGAGAUGUUGUUCAGGUGUACAGUGGUAGCCAUGGCAGAACAAUCGUCUUCUGUGAGACCAAGAAGGAGGCUAAUGAACUGGCCAUGAAUGCAUCCAUCAAACAGAGUUCCCAGUCCCUCCACGGUGAUAUUCCACAGAAACAAAGAGAGACGACUCUUAAGGGUUUCAGAAAUGGUGCAUUUGAGGUUCUCGUUGCCACAAACGUUGCAGCCCGUGGAUUAGACAUCCCAGAGGUCGACUUGGUGGUCCAGUGUUCUCCACCCAAGGAUGUAGAAUCGUACAUCCAUCGUUCAGGGCGAACGGGACGAGCAGGCAGGACUGGAGUCUGCAUCUGCUUCUACCAGAGGAAGGAAGAGGACCAGCUGCGCUAUGUAGAGAACAAAGCAGGCAUCACUUUCAGGCGAGUUGGUGUUCCGACUGCCAAUGAUAUCAUCAAAUCAUCGAGCAAAGAUGCUGUCAGGUUUCUGGAUUCUGUUCCAGCAACUGCGAUUGAAUAUUUUCGGGAAUCAGCAGAGAAGCUCAUAGAAGAGAAGGGAGCAGUAGAUGCUCUAGCCGCUGCUCUGGCUCAUAUUUCUGGAGCCACAAGUCUAGAGCAGAGGUCUCUACUGAACUCUGAUGCUGGUUUCGCAACAAUGCAGAUGCUGUGUUCUCAGGAAAUGCAUAAUCUCGGUUAUGCCUGGAGAACCAUUAAAGAACAGCUGGGAGAGGACUUUGAAAACCACAUUUACAGAAUGACCUUCCUCAAAGGCAAAAUGGGAGUUUGCUUCGAUGUCCCAGCUGAUAAAGUCAAAGAAAUUCAGGAUAAUUGGACAGACGGUCGCCGCUGGCAGCUGACUAUAGCCACAGAGCUCCCAGAGCUUGAGGAGAAGCAGUUCUCCAACCGCGGAGAAAGAAACUUUGGUGGUGGGAACAGAGGAGGGUUUAGAGGUGGGAGGGGGCGCGGCUUCGGUGGAAAUGGUGGGCGUAACAACAGCUUUCGAAAUGGUGCCGGCGGAGGAGGCUACAGCAACAGUAGAGGUGGACACAAACGGACCUUUAGUCAAGCAUUUGAGUACUGAUACGCCAAGCUAUUGAUGUUUGAUGCCGAUGGAUUUUAUUGACUAUCAUUAGAAUCAACAUGAUUGGUGAAAAUAUUUCUGAUAUAAGAUAUCAGAUCCACAUACCAUAUAAGCAAAAACUGCAUCCUUUUGCUACAAGUGGGAGAAAUGCUGAGAUUUUUUGUUUGCCAUUUUAAUACCAUACCGUGAUAUUAUAUCACUGCUGUUUGUAAUUUGGUUCAUUAUUUUAUAAUGUAAAAACAUUUCUCAAAACCCAUUAGCAAAUAAUUUGCUAGUUUUGUUUUUCAGUUAAUAGACAUAAUAAUAUAAUCCUUUCCAGUCCACUAAAGGUUUGAUUGUGUCACCUUCUCUUAUUGGCUGUUUUUCCUUUUUGUUCUGACUGUUUAGGGAACAGCAUUUAUUAAAACUUUUCCCCUUAACUAUGUAAAGGCAACUUUACCAACCAUCUAUAACCAGGGUGCAGAUCAGCUUGUAAUUUGUAAGAUCAAACAUACCGUGCCGUAUAGCAUCCAUGUCUGCCAUGUGGGAUCUGUAUGGGUGGAGGACACCGAAUUAAGCUGGUAGAAACUUUUACAGCAUUUUCAGUCAGGUUUCUGCAUUACCAUCAGCUGAAACGUUUAUCCUUACAUGUUAUGUGCAAUGAUUGCGUUGCAAUUGCUUCUAUUUAAGAACUGUACUGCUUCCAUUCAUUAGAAUGAAACUUCUUAUUAAAGGUCAAAUUGUA